CUGCUUUCGGUCUGCCCUUAAAUACUGCAGCAACAAGCAGUGUAGUCCAUAUUGAUUUCUUUUUAGCUGGAAGAAGCAGAAGAAGAUCUCUACAAGCAUGUCUGGAAGAGGCAAAACCGGAGGAAAAGCCCGCGCUAAGGCCAAGACUCGCAGCUCCCGCGCCGGUCUCCAGUUCCCCGUCGGACGCGUGCAUCGUCUCCUGCGGAAAGGAAACUACGCCGAGCGGGUGGGUGCUGGCGCCCCUGUGUACCUGGCCGCCGUGCUCGAGUAUCUGACCGCUGAGAUCCUGGAGUUGGCGGGGAACGCAGCGCGAGACAACAAGAAGACCCGCAUCAUUCCUCGGCAUCUCCAGCUCGCCGUCCGCAACGACGAAGAGUUGAACAAACUGCUCGGCGGAGUGACCAUCGCUCAGGGUGGUGUGUUGCCCAACAUACAGGCCGUUCUGCUGCCCAAGAAGACCGGCCAGGCCGCACCGAGUUCCGGCAAGGCGGGAAAGAAAAGCUCCUCUCAGUCCCAAGAAUACUAAACAAUGACUCGGACUCGUGCUGAUUAACAUCAAAAAACCCAAAGGCCCUUUUAAGGGCCGCCCAGCUUACAUAAAAAGAGCAAUUUCCAUUGUCCAUGUGUUCAUGUGCUUUUCUACGAUUCUGAAUAAAUGUCUUUUUUCGCUAACUUGA